AACUACAAUUUCCCUAACAACUGCGAAGAUUAUAUCCAUUGUAUUGGUCAUAUGAGACAUACCGGCAUGAAAGGUACCUCAUACACGUACUUCACUACCGAUAACUCGAAGUCUGCUCGUGAGUUUAUAUCUAUCUUGCAUGAGGCGAAGGCCGAUGUACCA